UUAAAGCGUUUCCAGCUUGCGUCGACACAGGAAGUUGGUGCCGAAUUUCAUUCAACUGUGACUAACAUUAUUCGUUUUGCUGCUUUUCAACACGACACGCGUUGAUUUUACUUGUACUUCGUAACUCAAAUUAAAAGCCAGAGGAUCAAGUGGGUUCGUGUCGUCGUUGGGGAUGUAUGCCGCCAGAUACGACGGCCACAGUGACCGCCAUGAGCGGAUCGACUUCUUAACCAGCAAGGAGAAAGCCUCAUCCAAGCGGAAGCUCGGCGCCGUGAUCGGCGUUCUACUGGCGGUCCUCGUCCUCGCUGCUGUAGCUGCUUUCCUAAUUUGGCUUUUUGUCUUUAAGGAUGCCGAAGAAGCCACGCUCAGUAAGCAGCAGAAACCUGCCGUGCUGGUGUUCAGCGGCCACAUGAAGAUACCCGACAUCCCAUACAAAGAGAAGCUGGAGGACACCAGCAGCCCCGAAUUUGAAGCACUGGCAGAAAAACUGGAGGGAGUUUUGGAGGAAAACUUGAAGAAGAAUCCAUUACUUGCUACAUACUACACAAAGUCUGUUGUCACAGCGUUCAGUGAGGGUGUGAUCGCUUACUAUUGGUCCCAGUUUGAUGUCCCAGUGGAGGACCUCGAGGUCGUGCCUGAAAUCUCUGAGGAGCUUGUGUCAGAGACCUUGGAGAAUGGAAUAACGGAGCAGCAAAGGACCAGGAGCGUCGGUCAGGUCAAGAUCAGUGAAAUCACGGCCACACUCACUGACUCCCGCAUGGCCAGGAACCCGCGAGCCAAUGAAUGUUUCUUCCGUCUGGAUGCUGAAGAAACAGAGUCUCAGUUUUCAUCUCCGGGGUACCCCGGCGGCUACCCCUCGAAGUCUCGCUGUCAGUGGCAAAUCAGAGCGUCGGCCUCAAACGUCAUCUCUGUCACGUUUCCCUUCUUCCAUGUGGAGGACGACUGCUCCGAUGACUUUGUCUCCAUUUAUGAUUCUUUGAGUCCUGACGAUUCUCAGACGAUCACAGAGAAGUGCGGUCACAGGCCUCCCUCCAACCCUCUGGAGGUGGUGUCGUCCGGUAACAUCAUGCUCAUCAGCCUGAUAACUGACAGUGAGACCCAGCGGCCUGGCUUUCAGGCAUUGUACAAAGCCAUCCCAAAAUCUAAAGUGAUGACCUGUGGCAGCGUCCUCUCUGAAAGCUCAGGAGUCUUCACCUCCCCUCUCUACCCUAGUUUCUAUCCUCCUGCUAUGGACUGCAAGUGGACCAUUAAGGUCCCCGCCGGGAAAAAGGUGCGUGUGAAGUUCACCAUGUUCCGCAUGAAAGAGCCUGGGGUGGACACUCGCGUGUGUCACAAAGAUUAUGUGGAGGUUUCAGGCAAUAAGUAUUGUGGCGAACUGUCCUCUUUGGCUCUGACCAGCACCACUAAUACCUUAGAUGUGACCUUCCACUCUGACGAGUCGUACACCGACAAAGGCUUCCGUGCUGAAUACAGUGCCUACGAUCCCGGAAACCCUUGCCCCGACAUGUUUGCCUGCGCAUCCGGCAUUUGCAUCGCCACAGAACUCAAGUGUGAUGGCUGGAACGACUGCGGUGACAUGAGCGACGAGAUGAAGUGCGAGUGUGACAAGGACCAGUUUAACUGCGGCAACGGUUUGUGCAAACCUAAACUGUGGGUUUGCGAUCGCGUUAAUGACUGCGGGGAUGGCAGCGACGAGAAGAGUUGCAGUUGCGAGGAAAACGAGUGGCGCUGCGGGGAUGGCGUGUGCAUGCCUCAGGACGUGGUGUGCGAUACCAAGACGGACUGCGAGGACGGCAGUGACGAGGCCUCGUGUGAAACCUCCCCGGGCAUCUGCUCCGCCUUCAGCUUCAAGUGUAAGAGCGGCGACUGCGUCAACAAGGUCAACGCCGAAUGCGACCGCGUCGACGACUGUGCCGAUAACUCGGACGAGGCCAACUGUAAAUGUGGCACACGGCCGUACAAACUGAAUCGGAUCGUAGGGGGUCAAAAUGCUGAGCUGGGAGAAUGGCCCUGGCAGGUCAGCCUGCACUUCCUGACCUACGGGCACGUUUGCGGGGCCUCCAUCAUCUCCCAAAAGUGGCUCCUUUCAGCUGCCCACUGCUUUGUCACCCACGAACCAGCCAAUAAAGUCACAUCCAACUGGCAAACGUACAGCGGCUUGCAGGACCAGUACAAGCAAGACGACGUCCAGCGCCGCUCCGUGAAGACGAUCGUCAGCCACCCGGAUUACAACCAGAUGACCUUUGACUACGACAUUGCCCUGCUGGAGCUCAGCGAGCCUCUGGACUUGACUGAUACCAUCCAACCCAUCUGCCUGCCCGCUCCCUCCCACGUCUUCCCCGCAGGCAUGUCCUGCUCGGUCACGGGUUGGGGCGCGCUCCGAGAAGGAGGUCAAAAGUCGCAGCUCCUGCAGAAGGCAUCAGUGAAAAUUAUCAACGACUCCGUGUGCAACGUCGUCACCGAGGGCCAGGUCACCUCGCGGAUGCUCUGCAGCGGAUUCUUAACCGGAGGAGUUGAUGCAUGUCAGGGAGACUCCGGCGGCCCCCUGGUGUGUUUCGAGGAAAGCGGGAAGUGGUUCCAGGCCGGCAUAGUGAGCUGGGGGGAGGGCUGCGCUCGCCGCAACAAGCCUGGUGUCUACACUCGUGUCACCAAGCUGAGAGAAUGGAUCAGAAAGACGACGGGCAUUUGAUCACGUGAAGAAGAGGUGGGGGGGGGGGACGAGCCGGGAAGAAGAUCGGGCUAAAGGACGUGGAGAUGGAACAUUCCCAUUUGUAUUUUUUUUUUUUUUUUUUUUUUUUUUUUUUUUUUAGCAGCAGCAGACUAGGGACACAUUAUAUGGACCCAGACCCCCACACGAAUGACUCCAAGCACUUUAUUUUGGUUUUAUUCCUCCUCCCACUUCAACUCUUAACACACGCAUCGACCACAUUGACUCACAUUUUGAAUUGUAAUCAACCUCAAUGCCUCAUCAUUUUAUACUGAUACAAAUCCAAAGAUGAAAGAUAAGUAUUAUCUGCAUUUUGCCAAUAUUUCCCCACUGUUGGGCAUUGGAAAAAGUGUUUUUUUUUUUGAACGGCUUUAAUCUCUUGGAGAUAAUUUGCCGUUUUAUCUUCCAAAUCUGAACCGUAAUUGUUGUUUAUAGCCUUCACAACACUUUAGAUAGAUAUCUGAACUCACACGUUUGUAUGAUUUGAAGAACCAUUUUAAAUAAACAAAUCUUCCGCCA